AGAAUGAUGAUGAGGAUUAGGAGAUACUUGAGGGGAAGUGGGAGGGUUCUUGCGUUUGUGUUCAUCGCCUCUAUCGUUUGGCUGCUGCUCGACAUGGCUGCACUUCGCAUGUCAAUGAACGACGUGAACAGCCAGCUGCUGAAGGAGCGAGUGGUGAGAGACAGGGAGGUCUUCAAACAGCAGGCCCGGGUGUCACAGGACCUGACGGGGUUUAAACACCCGAUCCAGAGGGUGGACUUGGCUGUUACGCACGCUUGGAAAGGACCAGUCGGUUCAAGCGUCGAACUAGCUCAUGUGUACAGACAGGGAGGCCAGACACCGGAUAAAAAGACUGACUCUCUUCAUCACCAGGGAGAUAAUCUUCCCAAGAUUGACAAUCCCAAAUAUGUUGGUGUUGACCAUAAAGAAGGAGCUGUAGUACAAAAUGUCACACCAAAGCAGGAUAGUCCUGCAAAGAAGAAAGCAGUGAACUUGGAUCUGAAUGAGGUUAAAUUAGAGGAAAGUAGAGUAAUAGAUGGCUCUGUUAAAGCAACGUUACCUGUGGUAGUUCCUAAUAUAACCAAAGUGCCACCUGGUGUUGAGGAAAACAAACAUGCUCCACUACAGAAAGGACCCACUAAAACUGGAGAUGUACAAAAAGCUGUGGACAAAAUUGAUUCAAAGACAAAUGAAAAAGGCAAGAAUGAACCUAAGGCCAAGACUGGAACAGAUGUGAGUCUGCCUCAGGGCGGGGAGGCACACCCUGUUAAAACAACAGAUAAGGACGUAAAAGGAAAGGAUGUAAAUGAUAAAACGGAGGAGAAACACGUCAGGGCGGUCGCCAAGAGUGACCUCGCCAAGAGUGACCUGAAGGAACCGAAGGAAACCCAGAAACUUGCAAUCAAGCUCCAGGCAGCAGAGGACUCCAAAGGUAACUCCACUGUUGUCAGAAGUUCACACGCUGUCCACAAAGUGUUUGCUCUGGAUUUGACUAACGCUCCCAGAGAUGCCAACGCGGUGGGGCAGUUUGGUCAGGCAGCACUUGCCGCCAGUAAUGAAGAUGCAGAUGUGAAGAAGAGGUGGAACGAAGGGCACUUUAACGUCUUCCUGAGCGACAAGAUUCCAGUGGACCGUGCCGUCCCAGACACCAGGCCGGAGACGUGUGCACAGAAUCUGGUCCACGAUAACUUGCCGUCCACCAGCGUGAUUUUCUGUUUCGUGGAUGAAGUGUGGUCGACGCUCCUCCGCUCUGUGCACAGUGUGCUCAACAGAUCUCCACCACACCUCCUCACAGAGAUCAUUCUGGUGGAUGACUUCAGCACAAAAGACUAUCUGAAAAAGCAGCUGGAUACGUACAUGUCCCAGUUCCCCAAAGUGCGAAUCAUCCGUCUGAAGGAGCGGCAGGGCCUCAUCAGGGCCAGGCUGGCCGGAGCUGCUGUAGCCAAAGGUGAGGUUCUUACCUUCCUCGACUCCCACAUUGAAUGCAACGUGGGCUGGCUGGAGCCGCUGCUGGAGAGAGUUUAUCUGGACCGUAAGAAGGUUCCCUGUCCGGUUAUUGAAGUCAUCAGUGAUAAGGACAUGAGUUACAUGCUAGUUGACAACUUCCAAAGAGGUAUUUUCAAAUGGCCUUUGGUUUUUGGCUGGAGUGCGUUACCAGAGGAGUACAUUAAGAAGAACAACAUGACCAUCUCAGACCCCAUCAGAUGUCCAGUUAUGGCUGGAGGUCUGUUCUCCAUAGACAAAAAAUACUUCUAUGAGCUUGGUGCUUACGAUGAAGGCCUGGAUGUGUGGGGCGGGGAGAACAUGGAGAUUUCAUUUAAGAUCUGGAUGUGUGGAGGGGAAAUCGAGAUUAUCCCCUGCUCUCGAGUGGGACACAUCUUCCGAGGACAGAAUCCCUACAAGUUCCCCAAAGACAGGCAGAAGACGGUGGAGCGUAACCUGGCGAGGGUGGCAGAGGUCUGGCUGGACGAGUACAAGGACCUUUUCUACGGCCACGGCUACCAACACCUGCUGGAUAAAAAGACCAUCAACAUCGGCAACCUCACCGGGCAGAUUGAGCUGAGGAAGAGGCUCCAAUGCAAGAGCUUCAAGUGGUACCUGGAUAACGUGUAUCCAGAUAUGAAGCCUCCCUUAGUCAAAGCUGAAGGCCUGGUCUUUAAUCGUGGCUUAAGAAAGUGCCUCAAUCUGCAGAAAGGCUCUCUGUCGUUUGACGUAUGCGACCUCAGCAAGCAGAGUCAGCACUUUAAUUACACCUGGAUGAGACAUGUUCGCCAGCAAGAUCUAUGUGUCGUUCCCCACGGCAAGGGCAGCGGCUUUGCUUUACAGUUAUGUGACAACGCCAAGCCUGAACACCGCUGGUUCCACAAAUCAUCCAACUCCGCUCUGGAGGAUCACCUCAUCGCAGAGUUUGUGUCCAACCACAUGUGCCUGGAGGCGGGGCCUAAGGGUGACACUCUUAAGCUGAAUCCAUGUGAAACCAGAAACGCCUUCCAAAAGUGGCAGUUCACACACUACCACGCUUAGUUACGAGAAUUAAAAUGUGUAAAACAUGCACUAUAGAGUCCUUCAGUGGCCUCAUGUUACAGAACGGUCUGUGGUCCUGACUCAACACCCAGCGGUCAAGAGGAGGCGGGAAGUACUUUGGUGGCGCUAACGUGGGUGGUGUAAAGCAGAGGGUGUGGGGGAUGUGCAAUGUUUCUAAUUUCCUUUUUGAUUAUAUCGCCACGGACGGACCUCGAGUUUAAAACACUUGUAUCAGAAGAAAGAGAGCAUCUUCCCUCUGUUUAGGAAGAUGUGGACCAGAGUUUGCUAAAGGGAUUCAAGUGAAUGUCUACGGAAGAACACUCCAUUUUGAGAACAACAUAUCAUCUCACUGCCAAAGAUACAACAGUGACUGUUAUAUUUGAGAUGUAAAAAAUAUUUUUCUUUUUGUGUUUGCUCUACUGGGUCUGAUUUAAUGACUUUACUCCCCUGUCAUGUAGAAUGUAUUAGUACUAAACAUAUCACGAAUUUCCUGUGAGACAUCAUCUUUUCCAGAUGUCUUUUACUUUUAUGUUUGAUGAGGCACAUGGGUGAAACAGCUGCUUCUAUAAUUUUAAGCAUUAUUUAGGUGUUGGUUUUGUUGUGAAAACUGUCUCUUUUUUUAUAAAUUUCUUCUUGUCACUAGAGGGAAGUGUUGUUCAAAACAUGCAAUAAACCUGUGCUGUGAUAAAGUGACCCCUUAUCAAACCCCUUCACCAAGUACUGAGAGAUAUGCAUUUGAUUAAGAAACUAAAAAUAAAAUG